AUGCCAACUCCCACAUGGACGAUGCUUAGGAUCGUCCAAAAGCUCGUGAAUCUGGGCAGGAACUGCUUUGUGCUGUCUGCACAACCUGCGGGCACCGUCACCCCAUCGAAGCUGGUCGAGCAGCAACGCCAAGUGCCAUUCUCAGGGCUCCAGCGGAGCAGCAGGGGACAUGUCGACAUCGUGGCGCCGACUCCGAAGGUCCGCCGGCGAGGCGACGGCGAGUCCAGGCCCUGGCUAAGCACAUGGGCCUGUUUAGUGCCGAUUGAGCCAGCCUGUGCUUUGCCAAGCAAAGACCCAGAUCCGGCUGUUCGGCUGCAGGAAGAUGUCAUACUGGAUAUCUUCAAGAGGUGGGAUGAGGAUCACAGUGGGUUUAUCGAUCGCGACGAGCUAGCCAGCAUCAUGUACAAGGUGUCUCCGAGUCUCAGCCAGGACCAGAUCGACGUGCUACUGGGGUGCAUUGACAGCAACCUCGAUGGCGUCAUUGACUAUCGCGAAUUUGUGGGCUGGCUUACAAACAGGCUAGCCCAAUACACAGUUGGGGAUGACGGAUGGAUCACCGACUUCGACUUGAAGGGGCUCCUGAAGCCUCUGUUCGAAAUCUGGGACAAAGAUGGCUCAGGCGAAAUUACGAGGGAAGAGUUCAACGAGCUGUCGCAGAUUCUACAAAAUUCAUUGCGACUGCAUCCUCUCGCCAAAGGAGAUGUCCUGGUAGUGGACUUCGAAGUCAAGGAGUUCGUCUCUUUGGAUGAGUUUGUAUCGUGGCAGUCCGGGGUCCUGCAGAGAUCUGGCGUCCCGAACAACAAGUUGCCAGAUUUGAUUCACACGCUGGCGGAAUCACUUCAGUGCAUCUUCGACAUUGAGCAGAUGAAUCAACAGGCCGCGACAGGCGUGGACAAGACCUUCUCUGCAUUGUCGAACACUAUCCAAGUUGUGGCCCAGACCACGCGCCAGCUCUACGCUCCGAAGCUCAGUGAGGUACCUGCUGAUGCGCAGGUGCGGCGGAUCAUGCAGUCGGCUGCAAGCCAUUGGACUGCCCCGCCGAACCUCGUGGACAUGCAGCUGCUCGCUCGGACCUUCGCCAAGGCGCACGGGCUCCGACCGCUGGGAUUUGAGUCGUCCUCUCCAUCGCGGUCCCCACGAAAGAAGCUUACCUCCCCGACCUCCUCCUCCUCGGUCCGGCCGCGCACAAGGCGCAGUGUUCGGACCCAGGUUCAGGAGUCGCUGGGGCAGAUCGUGCUUGUCGUCCCUGCUGUGAAUGAUGGACUGGCUCAGGUCCCGAACUGGUUCGCGCAAGUGGACAGAACCGUCUUUGGAGAGGGAGCAGCAAAAGACAUACUCCUGUACGAGUUGGAUAGAACUGGCAUCAUCCCUGCCUGGCGUCUGGUGAAGGACGAUGCUCACUUUCGCGACUCGAUGGAAGCACUCCCAAAGGAGCUGCAGGUGCUCGGUCUCCUCAAAGCACAGGCCCUGAUGGGUAAUCAGCUGAGCUGGCACGCCAUUGAGACGGCCCUGGCACGCGCUGUGUCCAUGGAGAUUAUCAGCGAGGAGGACCUGGAUGCCUUCAGCAAAGAUAUGCUCAUCAAGGCCGCUGCUGAGGUGAAGGAAAGCCGGCAUUUCUCAGAGCUCAAGGACUUGCAUAUCGUUCUGGAAGAUGCAGCUCGGGAGUACCUGGAGCUUCAGGUCAAGCUUUCGCCGCUUGAAGUCCUGACUGCUCUCUCGUCGUUGGAAAUCCUCAAGGUCUCUGAGGAGGUGGUUCAGCAGCUGAAAGCUGAGAUGAGCGGCUCCCUGAAGAUCGAGUCCGAGGAUUCCUCGGAUCAGUUGGUGGUCGCCUUCUCCGAGGAGAACCCUGGCCUCCUGGAUGCCCACCCAAGAGAGGCUGCCCUUUCUGAGGAGGCUCGACACACAGCUCAGGUCAACCUUGUCGCCCUGUUGAGUUGGCAGCUGGGCGAAAGGCCCGAGCACAUGAUGGCGGUCGUUCGCUCGGGCUCCGGCUCGGGUGGUGGUGAUCUGGGAGGGAGCUGGAACCUGGAGAGUACGAAGAUCGAGCUGUGCUACGCAGCCAGCUGA